AUGUCAAACCUCGCUGCUCAAGUGAUACUACACCCCAAGCUCAGCCAGAGUCUAGCUGUCCUAGCUACUACCAUCGGUCGAGAUAAGGCCUAUCGACUGAUUCAGUACCUAUCGAGACUCAUAGCAUGGUCAUUGCUCCGUAGAGGCAAUGUCGAAGCUGCAGCAAGAUGGGAGGGGUUGAAGAAUGGUCUUGCAUCUGGUAGGAAGGUGAUGAGAUUGUUCAGACCUGCAGAAUUCUUGCAAUCAGCUAUAAACCUCGCUCAAAAACCCAUUACCAAUCUCAGAGGACCUGCUCAGAUUGCUCAACUCGCUCAAAUAGGUAGACAAGUAGGAUACGCAGGGUUCUUCACGAAUGAUAUGAUAGUUUGGUUAGGUCAAGUUAGGUUCUUAAAACUUGAUAAACUCCAACUAGAAAGAUUCCAAAGAUUGACCUUCAAAUUCUGGUUAUCCGGUAUCAUCUUUUCGUUAAUCUCCUCAUCCGCCUCAAUUGUCAAAUUGCGAGGUGAUUCUAGGCGAUUCGCAUUGAACGCUGAGAUCUCAAGAAGGGAAUCUAGCGAGAAAGGACCUGAUGAGAGGAUGAGAGAGGAGAGUGAGAGGAGGGAAAGAGGUAGAGCUUUGUUAGCUCAAAGACAGACUCUCCUGUCUCAACUUAUCAGCGACUCAUGUGAUAUUUGGAUACCUGCCACUGGAUUGGGAUAUACCAAUGUCAAUGAUGGUGUACUAGGCGCUUUGGGUACGAUAACCUCUUAUAUGUCUCUGCAAACUCAAUGGAGGAAACAUGCUGCUGCGGGACUGAGGAAGAGUAUCUAA